CGUAAAAGGCAGCUUCACAUUUCCAAUUACUGCUUGUUCUAUAGUAACAAAAAACCAUUUGUUAGAUUGCUGGAAAUACUCGAAUUUACUUGCGUUGUGGGACGGUAUAUCAUCCAAGUAUUUUAUUCCGCUGAAUAUAUAGGAAUAAAUCGAAAUGGACACAGAAAAAUUAAUGAGCAACCUUGAAAUCCAGCUCUCGGAAUUGGAGACCCUCCAGUCCAUGUUCUAUAACCCUGGAGAAAUCAAGGUGGAAGAUCCCAUAACCUUAUUCGAAAUAAGAAGCUUCAUAGAUAAGUCGAGUGAUCUCUUACCCUCCGAGAUAGAUUUAACCAUCAAUUUAGAUAUCGAUUCCUCAAAAUUUCAAUUGCUAAUAGAUCUAUCUCACGAAUAUCCAGAAGUAGCCCCUUCAAUCUUCGUAAGGAACGAAAAAUUGAACAGAACGCAGAGCGGUCAACUUAAUAAAGAUAUAAAGGAGUAUAUGGAGAGUUUGGAAAGGGGAGAACCCUGCAUUUUUUCUGCCAUUUGUUGGCUUCAAGAAAACGCUUCAAAGUAUGUAGAACUUUCCAUUGAAGUUAAAGAAUCGGAUAAUAAAAUAGAGGAACCGCCAAGACGACUGUGGAUAUAUUCCCACCAUAUUUAUAGCAAAUUCAAACGCAAAGAAAUUCUGAAUCAAGCGAGUAACUUCAAUUUAAACGGUUUCUGUUUGCCUGGAAAGCCUGGUAUAAUUUGCGUCGAAGGUAAAACAAGCGAUUGUAAUGAUUGGUGGCAACUAAUCAGAUCCAUGCCUUGGAAAAGGAUUUUCUGUAAAGUUACCGAAGAGUUCAACGGGGAGGAGGAUUUUCUGAAGUUCAAUAAAUUCGAGGAGAUUGGCUUUCAAAAUAAUAGUUCCAGGGGUACACAUAUGGAUGUUGGAGAACUAUCGAAAUACCUAAAUCAACAUAACUGCUCCUAUAUUUUCAAAGAUCUAUUUGGAGUUGAAGCCAAACUGAGUGGUGGGUAGCUUUUAUAUACUCGGAACAAUCUUAAAAUUUUUUGAGAAUUUACUGAUAUCAUCACAUUUUUUGUGUG